AGUUUUGAAUUGUAUUGCUCUGAUUGUACUGCCAAUUUAAAAUACCUAAUCUAAUUUUUAGUAAUCUAAAUUUUAGUAGUAGAAAAAACAAAAACUACAAAGAUGGAUGAUGUGAAGGAGCAACCGCAAUGGGGUAUAAUGCUGUCCAAGUUCUUUGUUAUACCACAACGCUGGAUACUAGCCAUCAUGGGAUUCUUUGCCAUCUUUAAUGCCUACACCAUGCGAGUGUGUCUUUCGCAGGCCAUCACAGUGCUGGUGGUCAAGAAAAACUAUACAGGCAGCGGUGCACACACCGAUGCGAUCUGUGAGGUGGAUGAAGAUGAUGCGGCUCCAGUAAGCCGCGAGGGUGGCGACUACGAAUGGUCUGAGGAGAAGCAGGGCCUGAUCCUGGCCUCUUUCUACAUUGGUUACAUCGUAACCCACCUGCCCGGUGGCAUUUUGGCGGACAAGUUCGGCGGAAAGUGGACACUGAGCAUUGGAAUAUUUCUCACUGCCGCAUUUACAUUAAUCACACCGGUGUGUAUCGUUUACGGCGGUGCCGAUGCCUUGAUCGUUCUGCGUGUGCUAAUGGGACUUGGCGAAGGGACCACUUUUCCAGCUCUUAGUGUACUACUGGCUUCAUGGGUGCCGGCAACAGAGCGAGGAAUGCUGGGCGCCCUGGUUCUGGGCGGUGGUCAGGUGGGUAGCAUUGCUGGUAACCUCCUAUCCGGCUUGAUACUUGACUCAAUGGACUGGCCGUGGGUCUUCUACAUCUUUGGGAUCAUAGCCCUAGUCUGGUUUACUGUCUUCACGCUGCUUUGCUACAGCUAUCCCUAUAAGCAUCCGUUUAUCAAACCAAAUGAACGUGAGUUUUUGAAGCAGGAAAUACCACCAAAGGACAUGAACCAACCGAGGACGCCCUGGUUGGCCAUUUUAACAAGCAUACCCAUGUGGGCUCUGAUCAGUGCCCAGAUCGGACACGAUUGGGGCUUCUAUAUCAUGGUCUCCUAUCUGCCCAAAUACAUGUCCGAUGUGCUGCGAUUCUCGAUCAAGGCCAACGGUCUGUACUCCUCAUUGCCAUACGUGACCAUGUGGAUAAUGUCGCUGCUGAGUGGCUGUGUGGCCGAUCAGAUGAUCAAACGAAACUUUAUGAGCACCACGAACACGAGAAAAAUCAUGACAGGAUUGGCUGCCUUUGGACCGGCUAUAUUUAUGGUUGGAGCCUCAUAUGCCGGCUGUAAUCGCAUAUUGGUCGUGGCCCUGUUUACGAUUUGCAUGGGUCUGAUGGGCACCUACUACGCCGGAAUGAAAUUAACGCCCCUGGACUUGAGCCCCAACUACGCUGGCACCCUGAUGGCCAUCACCAACGGAAUAGGUGCGAUCACUGGAGUGAUAUCACCAUAUCUGGUGGGUGUCAUGACACCGAAUGCCACCAUGAUGGAGUGGCGUAUUGUCUUUUGGGUGGCCUUUGCCGUGCUUUUCAUCACGGCGAUUGUCUACUGCAUUUGGGCCUCCGGGGAAGUGCAGCCCUUCAAUGACGGCACCAACUCAAACAAGAAGAAAGAUCAAACUUCAUAAUCUUUGAAGUUUUAAGUUCUUACUACACUGCACUGGCGCGUGAUGAUUUUUCUUAACUCAUUUUGUGACGGAAAUUUGACAAAUUUUAUCGUUUGUUUAAAACGACGAUCGUGUUUUCUUCUUAUGUAUUGAUUUUAAAUUUUAAAUAUUGUUCCUCAUGAAUCUCUUUUUAAAGGUGCUGGAAUAAAUGAAUCACUUAAA